CUUAGCUUCCCCGCAAUCCGUGCCUGUAUCUUUGACAUGGACGGGCUUCUUAUCGACUCCGAAGACAGGAUCACUAGAAGCACGAACGAGCUCCUCGAAAAAUAUGGAAGGCCUGCCCUUGUCCCGUCGAUUCGAGCCCAGCUCAUGGGUGUCCCAAACUCAACAAACGGCGACGUGUUCCACAACUGGGCCAAGUUACCCAUCUCCCGGGAGCAGUUCGCCCGUGAAUCGGCGCAGAAUAUGCGACUGCAUUUUACGCAAUCCAAGCCUAUGCCCGGUGCUGAGAAGAUUCUGUCGAAACUCAGCCGUGCACGUAGCGAAUCGUCUGGGGCCAUGAUUGAGCUGGCAUUGGCAUCCACUACGAAGAGCCACAGCUACAAUUUGAAAACCUCGAGGCCGGAGACAAGACAGCUGCUAAACUUCUUCCCGUCUGACAGGCAGGUCCUAGGCGACGACCCACGAGUGCGCCAAGGUCGGUCCAAGCCAGCGCCAGAUAUGUACUUGGUCGCGUUGGAGUCGUUGAACUCAGCGGCAGCCCCGGGCGAAAGGGUUAUCUGUCCCAACGAAUGCUUGGUGUUCGAAGAUAGCGUGAUCGGAGUAGAAGCUGGGAGACGGGCGGGCAUGAGGGUCGUUUGGGUCCCGCAUCCAGGUUUGGCGGCCGAGUACCAGCCGGUGCAGAAGGAUAUACUGGCUGGGAGGACGGGAAUGAUCGAGAUAGGCGAUGAAAAUCAACUGGGAGAGAUUGAUGACGGCUGGGCUGAGAGCAUACCGACCCUGGAUCACUUUGACUACGAAAAGUACGGCAUCACUGUGCGGUCCUAA